GUACACUAUCUCUAGCACCAAUUCACAUAUACACACUAUUUCGCAACCCUAUUUUCUGACUUAAGCUUCGAAGUAUCUACCCUCGGAGGCUCCGAGGCUCUGUUUUACAAGAAAUCCUAAUCGGAGUUCCACCACCAAGCCGGAGGCGCAAUUCCAGGCUUCGUCAGACUUAUUGAUGAUUAAAUUCUACGUCAAAUUGGAGCAACUGCAGCUGUAACAAGAUGUUCAAAAAUCCACCAUGCAACUCGUGGUUUUUUUUUUUUUUUUUUUUUUGCUGAACGCAACUCGUGGUUUUAAUUAAUCUCAGUAGUUGAAAACCAUUAUUGGCAUCAUGAAUAAAUGCAGGUAUCAACCAAUUUUCACCACCAAGGAGCAGUCAGAAAUCCCACAUAAAUUAAUUCGAUUAUGACCCAGUUUCUCUUUGUUAUAUUGAAUUGUUUCCCAUUUUGGAAGAAGUACUGCAAGUAAAUGCAAGUUCAUGAUUUCUUGCUAUAAAUAGGCGUAUCAUUUCACAUCUCAGGUGCAAAACAUCUUAUCAUCGCUUGAGAAAAUCUAUCAUAAAUCAUGGGUUCCCUUGAAGCAACCAAAAAGCCUCAUGCAGUUUGCAUACCAUUUCCAGCUCAGGGCCACAUUAGCCCAAUGCUAAAACUAGCUAAGAUUCUUCAUCACAGGGGAUUUUACAUCACCUUUGUCAACACAGAACACAAUCACAGACGCCUGCUCAAAUCCAGGGGACCAAACUCUCUGGAUGGCUUGCCUGAUUUCAAAUUUGAGACCAUCCCUGAUGGCCUGCCUCCUUCCGAUGCUAACUCUACGCAAGAUAUCCCUUCCCUUAUUGAUUCCACCUCCAAAAAUUGCUUAGCCCCUUUCUGUAGCCUUCUUUCCAAGCUGAAGAAUGUGGUCCCUGAAACCCCUCCGGUUUCUUGCAUAGUUUCUGGCGGGGUAAUGAGUUUCACCCUCAAAGCUGCUGAAAAGUUUGGCCUUCCUGAAGUGAUUUUCUGGACUACAAGUGCUUGUGGCUUGUUGGGCUAUGCUCAAUAUCGCCGCCUGUAUGAAAGGGGGUACAUACCACUAAAAGGUAUGUACAUUGUAUUUCUCAGUCUCAUAAGGCACAAUUAUAUAAGUGGACCUCCUAGACGACUAUACGUCUAAUCACAAUAGUCAUGCAUGAGAUGGGAGAGUACUGAUUUUCCUUUAUUUGUUAUACUCCCUCCAUCCCAAAAUUAUUGUACAGUUUGGAUAUUCAUUUUUAGUACAAAAUGAAUUAAAAAUGAGUGCCCAAACUGGACAAUGAUUUUGGGACAGAAGGAGUAGUUUUUUUCCCAUUAAUUGAACUGUUCUGUUUUGUUCUAAUUUUAAGUUGUAUUCUCUUAAUUUGUUCAGAUAUGACUGAUGUAACAAGUGGAUAUUUGGAAACAGAAGUUGAUUGGAUUCCAGGAGUAAAAGAUAAAAUA